CCUGAAAAGCCUACCAGCCCCGGGCGGCGGCGCAGAGCCGGCCCGGCGCACCAGGCAGCCAGUGCGGCCAUGACGGCGGAGAAGGCGCUGCCUCUGGGUAACGGGAAGGCUGCAGAGGAGGCGCGGGAGUCUGAGGCGCCAGGGGGCGGCGGGGGCGCAGCGGCCGUGCGGGUCCCGCGCGACAAGGCGGUGCACGAGCGCGGCCACUGGAACAACAAGGUGGAGUUCGUGCUGAGCGUGGCCGGGGAGAUUAUCGGGCUUGGUAACGUGUGGCGCUUCCCUUACCUGUGCUACAAGAACGGAGGAGGAGCAUUCCUGAUUCCCUAUGUGGUGUUUUUUAUUUGUUGUGGAAUUCCCGUGUUUUUCCUGGAAACGGCUCUGGGACAGUUCACGAGUGAAGGUGGCAUUACAUGUUGGAGAAAAAUUUGCCCUUUAUUUGAAGGCAUUGGUUAUGCAACACAGGUGAUCGAGGCCCAUCUAAAUAUAUAUUACAUUAUCAUCUUGGCAUGGGCCAUUUUCUACCUGUGCAACUGCUUCACCACCGAGCUCCCCUGGGCCACCUGUGGGCAUGAGUGGAACACAGAGAAAUGUGUGGAGUUCCAGAAACUGAACAUGAGCAACCACAGCCAUGUGUCCCUGCAGAAUGCCACCUCUCCCGUCAUGGAGUUUUGGGAGCGCCGGGUCCUGGCCAUCUCGGAUGGGAUUGAGCACAUUGGGAAUCUCCGCUGGGAGCUGGCCUUGUGUCUCCUGGCAGCCUGGACCAUCUGCUACUUCUGUAUCUGGAAGGGGACCAAGUCCACAGGAAAGGUUGUAUAUGUCACUGCAACAUUCCCCUACGUUAUGCUUCUGAUCCUCCUGAUCCGAGGGGUCACGUUGCCCGGGGCCUCCGAAGGCAUCAAGUUCUACCUGUACCCUGACCUCUCCCGGCUCUCUGACCCACAGGUCUGGGUAGAUGCUGGAACGCAGAUCUUUUUCUCCUAUGCCAUCUGCCUGGGUUGUCUGACUGCUUUGGGAAGUUAUAACAAUUACAACAACAACUGCUACAGGGACUGCAUCAUGCUCUGUUGUCUGAACAGCGGAACCAGCUUCGUGGCCGGCUUUGCCAUCUUCUCGGUCCUGGGCUUCAUGGCAUAUGAGCAGGGGGUACCUAUUGCCGAGGUGGCAGAGUCAGGCCCUGGCCUGGCCUUUAUCGCUUACCCCAAGGCUGUCACCAUGAUGCCUCUGUCCCCACUGUGGGCCACCUUGUUCUUCAUGAUGCUCAUCUUCCUGGGCCUGGACAGCCAGUUUGUGUGUGUGGAAAGCCUCGUGACCGCCGUGGUGGACAUGUACCCGAAGGUCUUCCGGAGGGGCUAUCGGCGGGAGCUGCUGAUCCUGGCCCUGUCGGUCGUCUCCUAUUUUCUGGGCCUCGUGAUGUUAACGGAGGGUGGCAUGUACAUCUUCCAGCUCUUUGACUCCUAUGCCGCCAGUGGGAUGUGCCUUCUCUUUGUGGCCAUCUUUGAGUGUGUCUGCAUCGGCUGGGUGUACGGAAGCAACCGCUUCUAUGACAACAUCGAAGACAUGAUUGGCUACCGGCCAUUGUCACUCAUUAAAUGGUGCUGGAAGGUCGUGACCCCCGGGAUCUGUGCGAGCAUCUUCAUCUUCUUUCUGGUCAAGUACAAGCCCCUCAAGUAUAACAACGUCUACACCUACCCCGCCUGGGGCUACGGCAUAGGCUGGCUCAUGGCCCUGUCCUCCAUGCUCUGCAUCCCCCUCUGGAUCGUCAUCAAGCUGUGGAAGACAGAGGGGACGCUGCUCGAGAAAUUCCGGAAGUUGGUGAUCCCCAGUGCUGAUCUGAAAAUGAGAGGCAAGCUUGGGGCCGGCCCACGGACGGUGAUGGUUAAUGACUGUGACGCCAAACUCAAGGGCGAUGGGACCAUUGCCGCCAUCACAGAGAAGGAGACGCACUUCUGAGUGUCCACCCGCCACCUCGGAUGCCUCUGCUUCCUUCUCCUUCCCCGGGGGUAUGAGAGAGCGCCUGAAAGCGUACUUCACCUAAUGGUAGAGGCUUGCUCGUUUUGCACAGGACUUAUUAACAAGUUAAUUUUAAGGUGGCUGUGUACACUGUUUUAAAGUCACAUUCCCCUCCUCGCCCCCAAUUAUCAUGUAAGUAACAUUACGCAGAGUUAAUACUGUACAGGGACUAGCGGAAUCUUGUGCUAGGACACUUUUAACUGGUGUUUUCUAGGGGUUAAGAAAAAAAAAUGUAUCAUAUGAUCAAAUUUUUAUACUCAGGCUGUGGGCGGGUGGGGUGGGAGCGAUGCCUGUCCUCCUGUCGGCCUUUUAUUCAGCCAGUCCAUGCCCCAUGUUUGUCCCUGCCCUUUGCUGCCCCCCUCCUCACCACCUCCAGGAGUGGGGGGCUUUUCCUUCAAACCCUCCCUUCCCCAUCCCCAACCUCUUAGCAGUGGGUUUGCAGACAGCAAGGCUGUGUCCCAAGAAGAAAAAGUCCCCUGGUCCUACUGAGUGACUUGGGCACGCCCUUCCACUCCCUGGGCCGGUUUCCCUGUCUCCUGAAUGCGAGGGCUGGGCCAGGCGGUCCCCAGGUCCUUCCCUGCCUGGCACCUCUCUGGGGGAUUCUUGCUGAUGCCUUGCUGGCUUGCAGAUCUGCCAUUCAUCUUGGAUGCUUCUGAAGACUCUCAGGUAGUCAUCCUUGCACCCACCCUCCACCGGCUUGUUUUAAAUCAGGUUUAUCAUGGAAACAGUGUGGUGGUGAUGUAUGUUUUCCCCAAAACUCUAGUUUGAUUUCACCCGUGAGUGGUCCGUCCUCUGGAGACCAGCCAUGUUCUGACCCCUGUCGGGCUCCUCCUGCUCUGCCUCUCUCACCCUCAGCUCUGCCUCUCUCACCCUCAGCUCUGCCUCUCACCCUCAGCUCUGCCUCUCUCACCCUCAGCUCUGCCUCUCCACCGGCAGUGGCGCUGGCUGGGGUUGCCUGGGCGCUGGUUCUCAGGCUUAGGAAGCAGCCUCUAUUCUUCUUGCAGCUGCACAUCCCGCCGAUGUCCCAGCCAGGAAGGACCUGCACUGUAGGACGUUCCCCCAGCCACUCAGGAGAAGGAGUUGUGGGGGCCUGGAGCCUGGUUUCAUCCUCCAGCCCCUGCCACAUCUUCUCCCCCUGGCUGUCCCGGGCAGGCCCUCCUCUCUCCUCUGCCAUCCUGAUACCUCCGUUCCUCCCCCUCCUUCCUGUCACCAGCAGAACCUUGGAACCUUGAGGAAGCUUCUUCCCCACCCUUUUCUGGGGAGCCUUCCUGCAGCCUCUCUCCCAGGUGCUGAGAAGCCUCAGUGCUCACGAAGGGCAGCCUGGGCUGCCUGCCCCUCCUCUGUGCAGGCCGGGCUCUGGGGGAGGCUGGCUCCUUCCAUAGCUCUCUGGAUGAUCGCUCUCCUUUUUCUUUAAUUGGAUUUUACAUCAAGCCUCUACCUUGGAUUUCCCUUAUUUGCGGAAAGGGAAAGUGCAUUCUUCUUUCUUUUUUUUUAAUCCUCACCCAAGGAUAUUUUUUCCAUUGAUCUUUAGAGAGAGUGGAAGGGGGAGAGAAAGAGAGGGAGGGAGAGAGAGAGGGAGAGAGAGAGGAGAGAGAGAGAGAGAGAGAGAGAGAGAGAGAGAGAGAGAGAGAGAGAGAGAUAUCGAUGUGAGAGAGAUACGUCGACUGGUUGCCUCCUGCACGUGCCCCAACCUGGGCCAGGGAUUGACCUGCAACCAAGGUAGGUGCCCUUGACCAGGAAUCAAACCCACAACCCUGCAGUCCAUGGGCAGACGCUCUGACCACUGAGCAAACCAGCCAGGGUGGAAGGUGCAUUCUUUAUCCUUUUCCUUUAUGCUCCCAAUUUUAUUUGGUGGAAAUGCAAGCUUUGUCCACACUGAGGCUUACGUUUCCUGUAACAAACCUGUGCAAUUGACUCAUCCGAAAGUUCCCAAGCUCCCAGCUUCUCUGCUCUGGGCACUGCACCCAUCUGAGCCCACGUUUGCUGAGAGGGAUGUCCAGUGCUGUCCAGGCAGGUGGGACACCUGGCUCUGGUUCCCCUUUUGCACACAGCCAGGCCUGCCUGGCCCCUCCCUGAGCUCUUAGAUCUGGUGGACCCAGGAAAUGGACCCAGGAAGAUCAGGGCUCCGCUGGGCCCCCUGCUCGUGUCCGCUGUUGUCUGCUCUUCUCCCAACAGGUCCUGGGGAGGGCGACUCCCUGCUGCUGCUGCUACGGCUCUCCCCCCACGGCUCCCACGGACGCUCAGCCCGCAGCCUCCUGGCACGCACUGCACUGUACAUACAUCACCACUUAACAUCUCACUCACUUAACACGACUAACAGGGCAGGGCGGAGGGCGGGCCUGUGUUCUUUGUUUUUUGUAAUUUCCUACUAGUAUUUGGGUGACUUUGUGGGGGGUGGGGAGGGAAAUGUGGGGGCGAGGGAAGCAUCAUUGUGAAGACUUUUUUGAUAUUCAUUAGAAACAAUACAUCCUUUCUGAGAUAUUUACAGUAUUAUUAAAAAUGAAAAAGGUUGUACUGUUUUACGUAAUGAACAUUUUUAUUGGGUAUUCAAAGGGCACAGCGUUGUCUGCUUACUCAUUUUUAAAAAUUAAAGGAAUGAACAAACUAU